AAUUAUUUAUAAUUUAGCAUCAGUUUUGUUAUUAAUUAAAAUCCGCAAGUAAAGUGUAGAUUUUCUUUUAUUCCACGUUACAGAGCCGGAAUAUAACGCUCGCGCUGGGAGAGACUGUUGUGCGUGUCUAUUUGAUGAACACGGACGAAACAGUAGCCAGUACAGCCACAAUAACAUUUCAUCGGCGAGGAAGACUUGACCAUGGGUUCUUGAACGAAACCGACUUGUGUGGAUUCAAACAGGAUUGCGACCUUCUAUAUGCGCCAAAUGAAAGAUGCGGCUAUAUAAAGACGUCCACAGCUAAUAUAUUGCCUCCGUGCAGGGCAGGAGAUAACCCAGGACAUUGGGUGGUUCCCUGUACUGACUGCAAGACAGGUGAAGGAUGUACGUGGAGCCGGGCCACGUGGCAACCAGUCGGCUGCUCGUAUCAACAGUUUUCUAGACGACGCCUUCAACAAUGCCUUCGUGGUCGGAAACUCCUUUUCAUUGGCGAUUCAACCAACAGGGGUAUUGCUAACUACAUAAUUGAGCAGACGAACGACACUUUACAUGAUUGGGAUAAAACUCACACCACGCGGUUAUACCAAAAUGUGAAUAAUAACCGGACACAGGUGGCGUUCUCGUAUUAUCCGCACUUCUGGCUGCCUGUCACUCAUAGGCCGUCAUUUAAAAAAGUCCUCUAUCAGCUCUUUAAAAGGUCGCUGCCAUUAGAAAACAAUACAAACACAGUAUUAGUUGUCGGAGGCGUACAGUGGAUCUCAAAGCAGCACAUUGAUCUCAUAGCAGAAGCAUUGCAGAGAAAAGGCUUAUCCGGAAUAAAAACUGUCAUAAAGGGCCUAGGGGCAGGGUUUCAUCUUCCGGUGGAAUCAAUGCGCUACGUUCCUCCUCAAAGCUAUCCGGAACUGUAUCGCAGGGAGGCGGAAGUACUUGCAUACGCAAUGCAGCACGGGUUCCACGUUGCCGCCACAUUUUCUAUGACAGCGUCACGGCACCGGGAUUUCCUGGAAGGGCAGUGCGCUUGCCAUUUUCACAGGGUUCGCAAGAUAGUGGCUGCAGGAGCUACACACGGUCGCUACAUCGUCGAAGGAGAAGUUAACACAGCCUAUUCGCAGAUAAUUCUCAAUCAGAUCUGUUGAUGUCUUCUUAAAACGUGUUAUUUAUUGUUUGUUAUCGUUGAUUUAUUGAUGCAAAUGUUAUUUAUUUAAAUAUUUA